AUGAAGAACUCGGUAGCCGCCCUGGCCGUCCUGGCCUUUGGUUUCGCCUCGGCGCAAUCGGCCACAAGCAGUGCUCGCGGAGUCCAACAGCCCAGUACCGCUCCCGCACCAAGCGCUCUCACGGCACAAGGCUGCUUCGACCGGAACGCUACAACAUGGGAGAAGUACACCCCCAAACAGGGCAUCAGCAGUGGAUCUUGCAACGACGAAUGCAAGCUUGUCCAGGAGAAGAACGUCAUGGCCCUCAACGGCGAGGACUGCUACUGCGGUGACUCGUAUCCGCCCCUUGCUGCCGUCGUCGACGACAAGAAGUGCAACUUUCCUUGCCCCUUCUACUCCCAAGAAGCCUGUGGUGGUGUAGAUGGUGGCAUGUUUUACUCGGUCUUCAACACGGGUCUCAAGCUCGUUGUGCCCCAUGACGAGGUCGCCUCUUCAACCUCUUCCGCCGCCAGCAAGCCCACAACGCCGACGACAUCGGCCGGCGGUGCCGUGGAAACCGUCAUCGAGACGCCCGUACAGUCGUCAGCGCCAGCCUCUACCGAUGACUCCAAGAAGGGCGGUCCCAACACCGCCGGCAUCGCCGCCGGCGUUGUCGUCGGCGUUGUCGUUGUUGCCGCCAUCCUCGGCGGCAUAUACUUCUUCAUCCGCAGGAGGCGCAACGCCGAGAUUGAGGAGGAGCACCGCCGCAACGCCGCCGUCAACGCUUUCAUCGGCGGCCCCAAGCCUCCCAGCAGCAGUGGCAUGUCCAUGAGCGACUCCCGCAUGGAUCCCACCCUGGCGCACCGACGAAUGAGCGACGGCAGCAUCGCCGACAACCAAGACUACUCGCGGAAGAUUCUCCGAGUUACCAACGCAUGA